AUGUCCACAGCAAACACAAAGUCACAAAGCCAGUUCUCGUCACUCAGCUCGGGAAAUUCUUCGGAUUUUUCCUUUAACUCCAAAAACGAGCUUAUCUCCUCUUUGAGCUCCCACGCUCGUUGCAACACUUUCCCCAAACUUAACCAGCGGACACGGGAGUGCACCAAGCCGCCCAGCACCAAGCCGCCCAGCACCAAGCCGCCCAGCACCAAGCCGCCCCGCACCAAGCCGCUCCGCACCAAGCCGCUCCGCACCAAGCCGCUCCGCACCAAGCCGCUCCGCACCAAGCCGCCCAGCACCAAGCCGCCCAGCACCAAGCCGCCCAGCACCAAGCCGCUCCGCACCAAGCCGCCCAGCACCAAGCCGCCCCGCACCAAGCCGCCCAGCACCAAGCCGCCCCGCACCAAGCCGCCCAGCACCAAGCCGCCCAGCACCAAGCCGCCCAGCACCAAGCCGCCCCGCACCAAGCCGCCCAGCACCAAGCCGCCCAGCACCAAGCCGCCCAGCACCAAGCCGCCCAGCACCAAGCCGCCCCGCACCAAGCCGCCCCGCACCAAGCCGCCCCGCACCAAGCCGCCCAGCACCAAGCCGCCCAGCACCAAGCCGCCCAGCACCAAGCUGCCCCGCAUUAAGCCGCUCCGCACCAAGCCCCCCGCACCAAGCGGAUCUGCACCACGCCACCCCACACCAAGCCGCAACGCGCCGCUCCACAACGCCCCGCACUACGCCGCACCACACCGUACCACGCAGCCCGCGCAAAGGAGUGAGCAGUUCCCGAGUCAGGCUCAGAGCCGCUGGAUGCGGGAACACUGCGGCCGCUGA